GACGAGGACGAGGACGACAUUGUCAUCGAAGGCGAGGAUGAGCUGUCCAAGAUGCAGGCCCUGAUGGGCUUUGGCGGCUUCGGCACCACAAAGGGGAAGAAGAUCGCGGGGAACAACGUCGGCGCCGUGCGCAAGGAGAAGAAGUCGGAGUAUCGGCAGUACAUGAAUCGGCAGGGAGGAUUCAACAGACCACUGAGUCCGUCGCGGUGA